AUGGUUGCGGCCGGAGAAGCGAACGGAUCUGGAGGAUCAAAAGAGAUAAGGUUUCGAGGAGUGAGAAAGAGACCUUGGGGAAGAUUCGCUGCAGAGAUCAGAGACCCAAGACAAAAAUCUAGGGUUUGGCUGGGGACUUUCGAUUCAGCUGAAGACGCAGCUCGAGCCUACGAUGCCGCUGCUCUUUCGCUUAGGGGAGCCAAGGCCAAGAUCAACUUUCCAUUAACCACUCCUUCAAAUCCCUACUAUCCAUUUCAUCAGAACCCUAACGAUCGCUUUGUCAAUCAGCGGUUGUAUCCUCAGGAGCACCAGAUUAUCGCCCAGAGGACCGCUCUUAGCAGUUUGACUGAUUCUGUUGAGUCGUUCAGUGGGCCUCUGCGGCGUAAGACGGCUGAUUUGCCGUCGCGGAAACACCCUCGGUUGCCGCCGGUGUUGCCGGACGAUUUUCACAGCGAUUGCGACUCCUCCUCGUCGGUUGUUGAUGACGGAGAUGGUGAGAUUGCUUCGUCGUCGUUUCGGAAACCCCUGCCUUUCGAUCUCAACUUGCCUCUUCUGCCGGAUGAUGUAGACUUUGAGGACGAUGAUCUUCACUGCACAAAGCUAUGUCUUUGA